AUGACAUACAUACAUCCACCACACCACAAAGCAGCACACACGCGGCUACACACAAGCUCCACACCUGGGCCGAACCAAGAAAAAGGCGACAAAGAGGAAGCGGAACGAGGAUGGAACCAUCGCGCGACGUGGAUCAUUUUGCAGCACUAGAUAUUUCUUCGAUGGAUGCGAAAGUGUGCAUGUGAGAAUGUAAAUAUGGAUGUGAUCUAAACAGGUGUGUAUGAAAAAAUGUUUGUACGAGUGCAUUAGGAUUUUUUUGUGGUGUUCGAUAUAAUGUGCACACCAAAAGCGUAGGAGUAUACAUAAAGCAGUUACAAAUGGUGCAGAGCUUGAAAGCCUUGGGAGUUUCCGUGGUAUGACUAGGGCGUUUCGUGGUAUAUUUAAGGGUUUCCGUGGUAUCAAUCGUAU